AUGGCUGAAGAGACCACUACUCAAACUCCAGAGCAGCUGAAUGUGCUCUUUGAGAGCAAGCUUGGCAACGAGAUCUAUGAGCCUUGGAGAGAUUAUUACCUUAACUACAUCAAGCUAAAGAAACUUUUGAAGGAAGAGGUCAUCAUCAAGAAUGCCUGGACGGAAAAGGAUGAGCAGAACUUUGUUGGUGCAUUGGACCUGGACUUGGAAAAAGUGUACACUUUCCAGGUCAACACCUACGACGACUUGAACGAGAAAUUGAAUGAGUUGCAGGCCUUAACUGAGUCCACUGCUCCCGACUUCGAUGUGCAGAAAUUCACCGCCAAGUUGGAACUGGUGUUGAACUUGACCCAGGAAUUAAACCGCUUUCAAAGGGUCAAUUACACUGGAUUCACAAAGAUUGUCAAGAAGCACGAUCGCUUGCACCCCUCUUAUUCGGUAAAGCCCUUGUUGAAUGUCCGUUUGAAGAGCUUGCCAUUCCACUCGGAAGACUACUCGCCGCUUGUGUUCAAGAUCUCGGCGUUGUUCCAGUUCUUGCGUGACAACUACGAUGUGGACCAGUCUUUGUCGAAAUUAUCGUCCUUCAACGAUGAAACCGUUGAAGAUUACCAGUCUUUCAAGUUCUGGGUUCAUCCGGACAAUUUGAUGGAGGUGAAGGCCAAUAUCUUGCGCCAUCUUCCCGUGCUUGUUUACAACUCUAAAAACUACUACGACGAUGAUGAUGAUGACGAUGAUGACGAUGAUGAAGUGUCCCGCUUUUCUAAGAACGAUCCGCAAAUCAACUGCUUGUAUUUCGACAGUCCAAACUUUGAUUUGUAUAACAACAAGUUGACGAAGUCCGUCAACGCUUCCACAUUGAGGAUCAAGUGGGUCGGGCCUCUUUACAAAAAGCCAGAGGUUCUGAUCGAAAAGAAGACUUUUGAAAAAAGCUCGGAGACCUAUGAUGUGGACGAGAAGUUUAUCUUGAAAGAAAAGUAUUUGGACUCUUUUGUUAACGGGUCUUUCAACGCAACCAAAUACUUGAACAAGUUGAAGAAAAAAGGAAAAAGCCCCGAGGAAAUUGACGACGCCAGAAAGCACAUCGAGAGCUUCACUAAGUACAUUGAAGAGAAUCACGUUCAACCAUGUCUCAGAACCACGUACAAGAGAACAGCGUUCCAGAUUCCAGGUGAUGACAAGGUCCGCGUUGUAAUCGACUCUGAUAUUUAUUUCAUUCGUGAAGACGCAUUUGAUGCACAGAGACCCAUCAGAGAUCCAAGCAAGUGGCAUAGAACCGACAUCGAUUCUAAGGUCAACAACCCCUUAUCCUUAUUGAGAAAAGGAGAAUUUGUCAAAUUCCCUUAUGCUGAACUAGAAGUGAAAGUCCGAACCAAGAGAAAAGGCAAAAAAGUCAUCUGGAUAGAAGACUUGGUACAAUCACACCUCGUGAAAGAAAUACCACACUUUUCCAAGUUCAUCCACGGUAUUGGGUCUCUUUUUUUGGAAGACGACAAGUUAGACAAUAUUCCCUUGUGGUUUAAUGAGUUGGAGGCCGACAUGACAUUUGAUCCAGAGCGUGCGUUUCUUGAUACCAGAGAAAAAAUGGCCAAGUUGCAAAACGAUGAGGACAAUUUGAAGAAGUUCAAGACCAUGUUGGCGAAUUCUGCAUCGCCCAAUCUUGCACCCAGAUCGAAGUCGUUCUCAGGCUCUGAGCUCAUUCUUGAUACGCAAAGAAAACCUAGUCACACCAACAAUUUGCAGCCUGUGCAAGAAACAAACACCGAAGACCCUGUCACUUCAGGUGUGGAUUUAGACCAGUCUUCUGAUGAGGAUUUCGAAGACGAAGCACAGAGAGGCUUCAAGCGGAAGCUCUUCAAUAUUCCCUCUACUUUCUCAAAGUUACUCGACGCCGACUCCGAAGAAGAGGAAUUUGACUUGCCAACCGGUGUGGCGAAGCCCGAUAGCUACAUUAAAAACGCAGGACCUCUUAAAGUCGAACCUAAGGUGUGGUUGGCAAACGAGCGGACGUUCAACCGGUGGUUGCAUGUGACCACGUUGCUUUCGACAUUGACGUUCAUCAUCUACUCGUCUGCCAAAAAAGCCAAUUCUACGCAGUUGGCCGAGCGCUUGUCUUAUGUCUACUUUGCAUUGACAUUGUUUUCAGGAUUUUGGGGCUACCAUAUUUUCCUCAAGAGAAGAAGCAUAAUUAUGGAGAGAUCCGACAAGCACUUAGACAACAUAGUCGGGCCUGUGUUGGUGGCAUUUGGCUUGAUGUUUGGUUUGAUCGUCAACUUUGUCUACGGAUUCCGGAGCGUGGCUAGUCAGCAGGCGUCGGGCUUCACUAUCAUGGGCUUGACUGAGGAUUUCUAUGCGCGGAACCCGAUGCAAAAAACCAUUCUUGACUUCGUGUUUAAGCUUGUGGGUGCCUGA